AGAAAAUUUGUGAUAUUUUGACUAUUUUUGGUGAUCGUUUCUGGCAUUAAUUGAUAAACAAUUUUUAAAAUGGUAAAUUCUUGUAUUGCAUAUGGUUGCAGCAAUGUAUAUAACCCUUUAAAGAAAAUAUCAUUUUUUGGUUUUCCUUUUAAUCGUCUUGAUAUACUUGAGCGUUGGGUUAAAGCUGUUCACAGAAAAGACUGGAAGCCAUCAAAGAGCAGUAAACUUUGUUCUGAACAUUUUUUAUCAUCAGACUUUCUAGUUAGACCAGGAUCCACAAAAAAGGUAUUAAAACCUGAUGCCAUCCCUAGCAUUUUUUCUUUCCCAAAAGGUUUAGUAAAGAAAGGAGUUUCGUCAAAAGGAAUUAUAAGAAAGGAAUUGGAUAAUGAACCAAUAGACAUAAACCAGGGAGAAGAAACCAUAUUAGCAUCAAAUUCAAGCCAUACUUCAGCCUCUUCAACACAUGUUGAGAUCAUUGUUAUAAAAAAGGAAAUGGAUAAUGAAACACUAGACAUAAACCAUAGGGAAGAAACCUUAUUAGCAUCUUCUUCAACCCCUGAUUCACCCUCUUCAACAAAUGUUGAAAGAAUUAUUAUAAAAGAGGAACUGGAUAGUAACUCAAUAGACAUAAACCACAGAGAAGAAACAUUAUUAGCAUCAUCUUCAACCCCAGCUUCACCCUCUGCAAUAAAUGUUGAAAGAAUGAUUAUAAAAGGGGAAAUGCAUGAUCAGUCAGUUUACGUAAAUCAUAGAGAAGAAACAUUAUCAUCUUUAACCCCUGCUUCACAACAGUCUUCAACAAAUAUUGAAAGAAUUAUUAUAAAAACGGAAAUAUAUAAGGCACCAAUGGACAUAAACUACCAAGAAGAAACCUUAUUAUCAUCAACUUCAACCCCCGCAUCAGCCUCUUCAACAAAUGUACACAGGGGUACACAGUGCUCCAUCAAAAAGUGGUCGAACAAGGUUUAUGCUAAAUUAAGAAGAAAAGUGAAAACUUUGAAGCAGAAACUUAGAAGAAGAGAUAUCCAAAUCAAGAGACUCAAAGAUAUUAUUAGAGAAAUUAAAACAAGUUUGCCUUUGGGAAUUGUUCCUCUAAAAAAGAAUUAUGCAGAGUUAAAAAACAAUGGUUAAAGGAGAUAUUUUCCACUUAUCAAGCAGUUUGCUCACCCUUAAUAAAGCUUACUGUUGUAACUUCAUUGAAAUAAUUAAAAGCAAUGAUCAUGUACUUUAUUUUUUCAAUGUGAUAUUCAAUGUUACUUUCUGCUUGUACAGAGAUAUAGAAGCGUAUGCAGAAUAAAUUCCUUAUCCCAUGUCUUCA